AUGUUCCCAACAAUGCUGCGAUUACGAUAUAUUGUUCAGAACGUACCUCUGCGGGUCAAUUCCCCCUCUACAAUACUAAGAUAUCCUAUCAAUUUAGGCAAAAGAUCGCCAUUAAUUUCAUUUCAAAGUCGAUCCUUCGCGAGAUGUUCAAUUGCCUUACAAGCAGCCAAAAAGCAGGGGAAACCUAGCUUGACAGCUACUGUGAAGGGACUCAGACUCUCUCCACAUGAUUCUAAGGCAUCAGGAUGGCAGGAUAUUAAAAGACUAUUCCUGUUGGCUAAACCAGAGACCAGAAGCAUGUUUAUUGCGCUAAUUCUGAUAAUCUUAUCCAGUGCUGUAAGCAUGGCUGUACCAACUGUUAUUGGUAAACUAUUAGAUAUUGCUAGAGAGGAACAUGAGCAACCUGAAACUGAAAAAGAGACAAUGAUUUUUGGAUUAACUUCAACUCAGUUCUAUACUGCGCUAGGUGGAGUUUUCGUGGUGGGUGCGUUGGCUAAUGUUGGUAGAAUAGUGAUAUUGAAGGUCACUGGUGAAAGAUUAGUGGCUAGAUUGAGAACCAGAACAAUGAAGGCUGCUUUGGAACAAGAUGCUACGUUUUUGGAUCACAACAGAGUUGGUGACCUUAUUUCACGGCUAUCAAGUGAUGCAGGUAUCGUAUCAAAAUCAGUGACUCAAAACCUUUCAGAUGGAACGCGAGCUGUAAUACAAGGUUUCGUUGGAUUCGGAAUGAUGAGUUUCAUAUCAUGGAAACUAACCUGUGUCAUGAUGCUUCUGGCACCGCCAUUGGGGGUAAUGGCUUUAGUGUAUGGUAAAAGGAUAAGAAAUUUGUCUAGACAAUUACAAACAUCUGUCGGUGAAUUGACAAAGGUUUCCGAGGAACAAUUAUCUGCUACCAAGACAAUCCAAGCAUACUGUGGGGAGAAAAAGGAAAUUCAUCGUUAUGCUGAUGAAGUCAGAAAAGUUUUCCAUGUUGGUCUCAAAGAGGCUUUGACAUCAGGUGCAUUUUUCGGUGUCACCGGCUUCGUGGGGAAUGUCGCCUUGUUAGCAUUAUUACUGACGGGUACAUCUAUGAUUAAGACUGGAUUAAUGACUGUUGGUGAUCUUUCCUCGUUUAUGAUGUACGCCGUAUACACUGGUAGUUCAUUGUUUGGGUUGUCAUCUUUCUAUUCUGAGCUAAUGAAGGGUGCAGGCGCAGCCGCUCGUGUUUUCGAAUUAAACGAUAGAAAACCGUUAAUUCAUCCGACCAUUGGGAAAGACCCUGUGACUUUGGAGAAUAAAUCGAUCCACUUCAAUCAUGUCAAAUUUUCUUAUCCUACACGACCACAGCAUCAUAUUUUUGAAGACCUUAACUUUACAGUCCGUCCAGGAGAACACGUUUGUAUUGUUGGUCCAUCUGGCGGCGGUAAAUCUACUGUUGCCUCUUUACUACUAAGGUAUUACGAUAUCGGUUCCGGUGAAAUAAAACUUGGAAACGAUAACAUCAGGGACUUCAAUUUGAGAAAGUACCGUAGACUGUUGGGUGUUGUGCAACAAGAGCCGAUGCUUUUCAGUGGUACAAUACUGGACAAUAUUACAUAUGCAGUACCUCAAGAAUUGGUCAAUGACGAGACACGUAUUAGCAGGGCCAUCGGACAAGCCAACUGUACCAAAUUCUUAGCCAAUUUCCCAGAUGGACUACAAACCACUGUUGGACCAAGAGGUACCCAAUUGUCAGGUGGACAAAAGCAAAGAAUUGCCUUAGCUAGAGCAUUCUUACUUGACCCAAGUAUCUUGAUUCUAGAUGAAGCCACUAGUGCAUUAGAUUCACAAAGUGAAGAAGUGGUCGCCCAAUCAUUGCAACAAAGAUCAGCCAGAGGCAAAACUACAAUCUCCAUUGCUCACAGAGUAAGCACUAUACAGCACAGUUCACGUGUCAUUGUUUUAAACAGACAUGGAACUGUUGCUGAAACUGGUUCAUUCGAUAAGUUGAUUGCCAUCCCCGAUUCUAGCUUGAACAAACUAUUAUCAAAAGAACAAGAAGUAGAGGAGGAAUCUCAUGAACCCCACGAUCCACAACAACAAGAAGAAGAAGAAGGAAUAAAUGAAGAAAAGGAAGUCCAACCUAAACUAAUUACGACAUGA